CCCGUCGCUCACCGUGUCCCUCCCGGCUGCGGGACCUCGCAGCGGCUCUGCGGGAAGCACAAGGGCCGCUCCUGACACCUGAGCGUGUCCCCCACCAUGCCGCCCCACGGAGGGGUGUUUGUGGGUCUGUGGACGCUGCUGGCCCUCAGCGCGGCCGAGAGCCCCCCAGGGUGGGCCACUCUCGCCUUUGUCUUCGAUGUCACCGGCUCCAUGUACGACGACCUGGUGCAGGUGAUGGACGGGGCCUCGCGCAUCCUGGAGCGUACGCGCAGCAGGAGCACCAAGCCCAUCAGCAACUACGCCCUGGUGCCCUUCCACGACCCAGAGGUGGGACCUGUCACCCUCACCACGGAUCCCCAGCUCUUCCAGCAGCGCCUGCGGGAGCUCCAUGUCCAGGGCGGGGGGGACUGCCCGGAGAUGAGCGUGGGGGCCAUCAGGGUGGCCGUGGAGAUCUCGCAUCCCGGCUCCUUCGUCUACGUCUUCUCGGAUGCUCGGGCCAAGGACUACGAGCAGCAGGAGGAGCUGCUGCGGCUGCUGCAGCACAAGCAGAGCCAGGUGGUGUUUGUGCUGACGGGGGACUGCGGGGACAGGAGCCACCCCGGGUACCGCGUGUACGAGCGCAUCGCCGCCACCAGCUCCGGGCAGAUCUUCCACCUGGACAAGCAGCAGGUGACAGAGGUGCUAAAGUGGGUGGAAGAGGCCAUCCAGGCUUCCAAGGUUCAUCUGCUGUCCACGGACCACGAGGAUGGUGGGGAGAACACGUGGCAGGUCCCCUUUGAUCCCAGCCUGAAGGAGGUCACCAUCUCCCUGAGUGGCCCUGCCCCAGGGAUCAGGGUCCAAGAUCCUGCAGGAAAGGUCCUGGAGAAAGGCCGAGGUCUGAGGGAGCUGCUCAGCAUCCCCAACUCAGCCGUGGUGGUGGCCCUGGAGCCCUACGAGCCAGGGACGUGGCUGGUCACGACCCGGAGCAGUGGCCGCCACUCGCUGAGGAUCACGGGCAUCAGCAACGUUAAUUUUCAAGCCAGCUUCUCCACCCAGCCGGAAUUUGACACCAGCCAGCCCGGAGAGCGGCCGGUGCAGGGUCUGCCCAUCUCUGUGCUGGUGAACUGCACCGGCCUGAGGCCGCCUGGGCGCCUGCUGGAGAUCGAACUCUUCAACACCUCGGGCCACGUGCUGGUCUCGCUGCCCGUGCAGCCCCUCCUCAACUCCUCCUCUGGCUCCACCACGCAGCUCUGGGUGGGCUCGCCCCUCUGGGUCCCCCCGGGUGACUUUCUGCUGAAGGUGAAGGGUGAAGAUGGCCAGGGCCACUCCCUGCACCGCCUCUCAGGGGUCACCUACACCAGCGUGGCCCCCGGUCUGCCUAAAGUGAACAUCUCCAGCAACAUCCAGGCUUACAACCGUGAGCCACAGCUCAUCUCCUGCUCUGCAUGGAGUGAGAUCCCCUUCCACCUGCAGCUCAGCCGUGGCAGGAGGAAGCUUGGGGAAGAGCAGCUCUUCAGGAUUUCAGGGAACAUCAGCUGGUUGAUCCCUGCGGUGUCCGAGAGUGACGAAGGCUUUUACGAGUGCACGGCCACCAGCAAGGUCGGAGUGACCCGGGCCCGUGCCUACGUCUCUGUCUCAGAGCCACCACCGCGUCUCAUCGCCCCGGGCAACAUCACGGCUUCACCGGGCCAAGACGUGGUCAUGUCCUGCGUGGUGCUGGGGGAUGUGCCCUACAACCUGACCUGGAGCUGGGAUGGGAAGGUGGCACAGCCAGGGGAUGGCAGGACCCGGCUGCUGCAGAACAGCUCCCUGGAGAUCAGCCAUGUGCAGCCAGGGGACGCGGGCCUGUACGAGUGUGCGGCACAGAGCGCCCGCGGCACUGCCACUGCCUCCCUGUGGCUCUUCAUCCAGGAGGCGCCGUGGGUGAAGGUGGACCCCAGUCCCCAGCGCUUCAGCAGGGGCCAGGAGCUGCGGCUGAACUGCACGGCCGGGGGCCACCCCCAGCCCCACACCACCUGGAGGCACUGGGGCUGGCCACUGCAGCAGGACGAGAGGGUUUUCAGGGAUGCUGAGGGCUCCCUGCACAUCAGGUCUGCUGUCCCAGAGGAUGCAGGCAAUUACAGCUGCUAUGCCAGCAGCACGCUGGGCUGGGAUGAGCAAGUGAUCACCCUGGAGUUCACUGAACCUCCUGCCAUCCUGGCAGUGACGCCCAGCCUGAAGGUGCUGGUGGGAGAGGACGUGACCCUGGAGUGCUGGGUUUCAGGGGCACCCCCACCCCACAUCGUGUGGUACAAAGGGGAGCAGGCGGUGGCGGCGUUCCCGGCGGGCAGCCAGCGGGCCGUGCUGCGGCUGCAGGCGGUGCGGGAGGAGGACGCGGGGCUCUACGGCUGCCAGGCCCUGGGCGAGGCGGGCAUCGCCCUGGACAGCACCGUGCUGCGCGUGGGCUCUGCCCCUCACUUUCCUGAACCCCUGGGUGACGUGGAGGUCAAGGUUGGGGAGAGAGUGAGCCUGCCGUGCCAUGUCGAGGGAUCUCCCCUGCCACAGGUCACCUGGUCCCGGCAGGACGGGAAGCCCGUGGUGGGCUGGCAGGGACCACGGGGUGUUUCCAGCCAGCUGGAGACUGCCCAGCUCCUCAUUGACAGUGCCUCUCUGGAUGACCAAGCCACCUACAUCUGUGAAGCCCAGAACGAGUUUGGGAAAAUCCACGCAGAGGUCAAGCUCACAGUCACUGGACAGGCCCCAGAAAUAGCCCUUGCAUCCCCUGUGGUCCGUGUGCUCCCCGGCCAGCCCGUGUCCCUGCCCUGUGUGAUCCUGGCUGGCAGCCCGUUCCCAGCCCGCCGCUGGCUGAAGGAUGGGCAGAUGGUAGCCCCAGGUGUCCGCUAUUCCAUCCGGGCUGAUGGGAGCCUGCACGUGGAGCAGGCAUCCCAGGGGGAUGCAGGGACGUUCACCUGUGAGGUGACCAACGCCCUCGGCUCGCACAGGCAGGACGUGUCCCUGGUCAUCUACGCCCCUCCCAGCAUCGAGCCUGGUCCUGUUCUGGUCACUGCCACCGAGGGAGCGGCUGUCACCCUGCGCUGCAACGCCACCGGCAUGCCCCCCCCUACUGUCACCUGGGCAAAGGGCACAGAGCCCAUUUCACUGAGCCCACGCUACCAGCUUGACCCCGAUGGGACCCUCCUGAUCCCUUCGUCGUCCCCUGGGGAUGCUGGCACCUACUUCUGCACAGCCACCAAUGCAGCAGGAUUCUCCAGCCGGGAGAUGCAGCUCUCCAUCAGCACGAGGCCCAGGAUCAGCGUGAACGGGUCACAGACAGCAGGCCCUGUCCCCGUCCUGGCUGUGCUGGGGCAGGAGACCACCCUGCCCUGCGAGGCCCAAGGAGAUCCCCCUCCCUUGGUGGUGUGGAGCCGGGAGCCCCAGCCCCUGCCCCUCGCCACCCCGAGGUUCAGUGUCCUCCCUUCAGGAUCCCUCCACCUGGCUGAGCCCCAGGUGACCGACACCGGCCUGUACACCUGCACGGCCACGAACGCCGCGGGGAACGCCUCGCUCAGCUACAGCCUGCACGUGCAAGCUCCGCCCCAGCUGUGGAUUGGUGAUGGGGAAAGCCACCUGGCAGCUGUUGCCAACACCUCCCUGAGGAUUCACUGUCACACCGUGGGCAUCCCCCCAGCCCAGAUCCAGUGGCUGAAGGACGGGCACCCGCUGGACGGGCAGGAUGGUGUGCUGGUGUCCGAGGACGGUGGCACUCUGCUGGUCACCCGAGUGGGGCUUGGUCACCAAGGGCUCUACGUCUGCCAGGGCAGCAGCUGGGCAGGGCUGGCCCAGGCAGAGGUGCAGGUUUCAGUGCAUGUGCCUCCAAACAUCGAACCCAGCGCGGUGGAUCUGGCCGUCCCCGAGAACGGCUCGGCAUCCCUGGAAUGCCUGGCCUCGGGGCUGCCUGCUCCCGCCAUCACCUGGUACAAGGGGCACGAGCAGCUCUCGGCCGGAGCAGGGCUGAUCCUGUCCGGGGGUGGGAAGCGCCUGGAGAUCCCCCGGGCCCGGCUCUCCCAUGCCGGCAGCUACCGCUGUGUGGCCUCAAACGUGGCCGGUGUGGCUGAGCUCUGGUACAGCCUGCAGGUCACUGUGCCUCCAUCCUUCUCCGUGCCAGAGCCCGAGGCCGUGUCCGUGCUAGAGGGACAAUCUGUUCAGCUGCCCUGCGAGUGCCACGGGACCCCCCUGCCCACCCUGAGCUGGUGGAAGGAUGGUGAGCCCCUCUCCACCCAGCCAGGGAGCCCCAGGCUGGUGUCCCCAGGAGGGAACGUGGUGUACAUGGAGAAGGUACAGCUGCUGGACCAGGGGACGUACACCUGUGAGUGCAGGAAUGCUGCUGGCAGCAGCAGCAAGGAGCAUCACCUGGAGGUGCACGCACUGCCCAGCAGCAGCAGCGCCCCAAGGAAGGUUUCUGUCAUCGAGGGUGGCGAGACAGUCCUGGAGUGCGAGGCCACGGGGACAGCACCACCGUGGGUGACGUGGGUGAAGGACGGGCAGCCCGUGGCUGCUGGGGACGGGCUCCUGCUUACGGAGCGAGGGAGGCGGCUGCACAUCCCCAGGGCACAGGUGGCCCAUGCAGGGCACUACACUUGCCUGGCUGCCAACGCAAAGGGGCAGGAGCAGAGGGAGUUUGAUGUUGUGGUGCAUGUUCCUCCUGAGUUCAUUCUAGGAUCAGGACUGACAACCAACCUCAGCAUUUCCCUGCAAGGAUCCCUGACGCUGACCUGCGAGGCCACCGGCAUUCCCCAGCCCAGCGUCACCUGGUUCUGGGAUGGCUCUCCUGUCACCCCCAGCGAGCACACACAAGUGCUUUCAGGGGGCUGGCUGCUCAGGCUCACCCGUGCACGAGCCCAGGAUGGUGGUCACUAUUCCUGCCUGGCCAGCAACGUAGCUGGGGAGGCCAGGAGGCAUUUCUACGUGGAGGUCCUGGUUCCUCCCCACAUUGAGAACGCGGGUGAAGAAGACACCUUCAAGGUGCCCGAGGGCCACCCUGUCACCUGGUCCUGCCUGGCUUCAGGCAACCCACAACCCAAGAUCACCUGGAUGAAAGACAACCGCCCUCUCCCUGGCACCUUCUCCAUCUCCCCUGAUGGCUCCUUGUUCCACAUCCCCCAGGCCUCCCUGGCCCAUGCUGGUCGCUACUCCUGCGUGGCCUCCAACUCUGUGGCAAAUCAGACCAAGCACUACCUGCUGGAUGUUUUGGCCAGUCCCACCUUUGCUCGAGACGAUGCUGCUGCAGAAGAAGUGACAGUGAUCAUCAACAACCCCAUCUCCCUGCUGUGUGAGGCCCUGCCAUACCCAUCUCCCAACAUCACCUGGCUCAAGGACGAGGUUCCUCUCAAGGAAUCUAGAAACAUCCUCCUGCUCCCUGGUGGCCACGGGCUGCAGAUCCUGAACGCCCAGGAGGAGGACGCGGGCACCUACAGCUGCAUCGUGGCCAGCGAAGACGGGGAGGCUGUGAAGAACUACGCUGUGAAGGUCCUGGUUCCUCCUUGGAUUGCCAGAGAGGACCCUUUGGGGGAGUUUGCAGUGAAAGAGGUGAAAACCAGGGUGAACAGCACAGUGGUGCUGGAGUGUGAGACCUGGGCUGUGCCCGAGCCGACCAUCCGCUGGUACAAGGACAAGCAGCUUCUGGAAAGCUCUGAACACAUCCAGAUCCUCAGUGAGGGGCAGGUCCUCCAGAUCCAAGCAGCUGGUGUGUCGGAUUCGGGGCACUACACCUGCGUGGCCACCAAUGCCGUGGGUGAAGAUGACAGGGACUUCAUCGUGCACGUGCAAGUGCCCCCCAUCUUCCAGCAGCAAACAGGCCCCAAAGAAGCCCUUGAGAUCUUCUAUCGGGAGGAGGACCAGGAUGGGGAGGUGACAGAACACCGACAGGCUGUCCUUGGCCAGCCCACUGCUCUGUACUGUGACACCAGUGCCAUCCCACCCCCCCAGCUCACCUGGUACAAGGAUGGGGAGCCCCUCUCCCCUGGCCUGGGGGUGCUGAUGCUGCAAGGGGGCCGGGUGCUGCAGCUGCAGGCGGUGCAGGAGGAGGACAGGGGCAGGUACACCUGCGAGGCGGCCAACGCUGCGGGGCGGGACCGCCUGCACUACGAGCUGGAGGUGCUGACUGCCCCGGCCAUCCGUGGUGGCACAGAGGACCUGGUGGAGGAGGUGAUGGCCACCAUCAAUGGCACUGUCCGCUUUGAGUGUGAAGCUACUGGGCACCCAGAGCCCACGGUGUCCUGGCUCUGGAAUGAUCUCCCCAUAGAGGCUGGCCCGCGGCACCAGCUCCUGGAGGGUGGCACUGUCCUGCAGGUGGCAGUGGUGGAGGUGGGUGACACCGGGAGUUACACGUGCAUGGCUGAGAACCCGGCCGGGUCAGCCGAGAAGCACUUUGCCCUCGCUGUGCAGGAAGCUCCCUGGAGCGUGGCUACAGACCCCGAAAAGGUCGAUGGCAUUGUCAAUGGCAGCGUCUCACUCAUGUGUGACAUCCAGUCCCACCCGGCUGCAGAGAUCACCUGGUACAAGGAUGGCCGCGUCCUGCGGCUCGCUGAGGAGGUGACUGUCACCCAAGGCUCUCGGGUGCUGCAGCUCCCUCACGUGCAGCUCUCCAGCUCGGGCACAUACACGUGCAUGGCACAGAACGUGGCCAGCCAGCAUCAGAAGAGCUUCAUCCUCACCAUCCAUGAGCCCCCAGGCAUCCAGGACCCACAGCAGGAGACGCUUGAAGCUGACAUGGGGACACCCCUCGUGCUGAGCUGCCCCGUCACUGGUGUGGCCGUGCCCACUGUCACCUGGCUGAAGGACGGGCACCCGCUGGAGAUGAGCCCAGAGCAGGGUUUGGUGUCUGGGGGUUCCCAGCUCCUGCUCAGCCCCCUCCAGCCCUUCCACCAGGGCCGAUACACCUGCCUGGGACAGGGCCUGGGGGCCGAGACACGCAAGGACUUCUUGGUGCUGGUGCGAGUGGCCCCCCGGAUCAGCAGCGCAGGGGACCCCAGCGAGCACAGCGUGCUGGAGGGCAGCAGGGUGAGGCUGGAGUGCCGGGCAGAGGGGCAGCCCACGCCCCACAUCUCCUGGCUGAAGGACGGGCAGCCCCUGGGGCUGCAGCCCCCCUCACACGCCCGGGUGUCCCCGGACGGCAGCGCCCUGCUGCUCGAGGGGCUGCGAGCUGCCGACUCCGGGGCUUACACGUGCCUGGCCCGGAACAGCCUGGGCGAGGACACGCGGCUGCACACGCUGAACGUGCUGGUCCCUCCCACCAUCGAGAGAGGAGCCGAUGACCCGGAGGUGCUCCGUGGAGUCCUGUCCGCCGCGGUGACGCUGCAGUGCUGGGCACGGGGGUCCCCUCCGCUGCACGUCAGCUGGCUGAAGGACGGGCUGCCCCUCCGCCUGUCCCCUCGUGUCACCCUGCUCUCGGCCGGGCACAUCCUCCGGAUCUCCCAGGCUCAGCUCUCGGAUGCUGGACUCUACACCUGCAUUGUCUCCAGCCGGGCGGGAGUGGCCGAUCGCAGCUUCGUCCUGCAGAUCCAGGUGCCCCCUGUCCUGGAGAGCCCCGAGAGCAGUGAGGAGCAGAUGGUGGCCCAGGGCUCCGAUGUCACUUUCACCUGCAAAGCCACCGGGUCCCCAGCACCGUCAGUGACCUGGCUGAAGAACGGAGAGCCUCUGGGGCAGCGGAGUGCCCAGGUGCCUGGUGGCCCUCAGCUGAGCCUGGUGGCCGUGGCGCCAGCUGAUGCAGGCAUUUACUCGUGCCUGGUGGUGAAUGAAGUGGGGGAGGUCAGCAAAGCCUUCCGCCUCGUGGUGAUGGAGCCACCCCGUGUCGAGGCUGGGUCCCAUCCCACUGAGAUAUCCAUCACUGUGGGCACCCCUCUAGGGCUGAGGUGUGUGGUGGCAGGUGUCCCCAUGCCCACUGUCACCUGGGAGAAGGAUGGACAGCUGCUGGCAGGGCCCUCGCUUGUGACAGGGAAUGAGAGCACCCUCCACAUUGACAGCACUGAGGUGGCUGAUGCUGGCUUAUACACCUGCCUGGCCACUAGCCCUGCAGGAGAGGACAGCAGGAGCUUCCAUGUCAGCAUCCAAGCACCCCCCAGCAUGGCCAGCGCCGGGGAGAUCCCCAUCAUCACGGCUGUGCCAGGGGGGCAGCUCCUCCUGGAGUGCCCGGAGGGUGCUGAGCCCCACGCCAACAUCGAGUGGCACCGCGAGGGCUCCCUGCUGCAGGAGGAUGCCCGCAGGCAGGUGCUGGCCCGGGGGCGUUUCCUGCAGGUCCUGGCGGUGGCUGCGGCGGAUGGUGGCGAGUACAGCUGCAGGGCCACCAGCGCCGCCGGGGACACUGACCCCCGCGUCCGGGUGCGGGUUCACGUGGCCCCGGAGAUCCAGGCGGGCCCCCAGGAGGUGAAGGUGCUGCUGAACACCUCGGCCGUGCUGCCGUGUCAGGCACAGGGGUGGCCCGUGCCCCGGGUGACGUGGCGCAAGGACGGCCAGCUCCUGCCCCUGCCCGGGAGCGACAGGCUGCAGGUCCUGCCAGGUGGCUCUCUGCAAAUUGACCCUGUCCAGGCCCAGGAUUUGGGCCAUUACCUCUGCAUGGCAUCCAGCCCUGCUGGCUCUGACCGGCGAGGCAUGGACCUCCACGUCCUGGUCCCUCCUGCCAUCACACCUGGGCCCUCCAACCUCACCCUGCUGGCUCAGCAGCCAGCCACGCUGGGCUGUGACGCCUGGGGGUCCCCUGAGCCCCACAUCAGGUGGGAGAAGGAUGGCCGUCCCCUGAGCCUGCACCUCCCACCUGGCACCUACAGUCUGCAGUCCUUGGGGUCCCUGCUCAUCUCCAGCCCUGCUCCCCGGGACGAGGGGAGGUUUGAGUGCAUCGCCACCAACGCUGCUGGAGAGGCUCGAAAGGCCUUCCUCGUGUCUGUCCAUGUGCCCCCCACCAUCGCUGAUGACCUCACGGACGUGGUUGUCACCCGGCUGUCCCCUGCAGUCCUCACCUGCUACGCCUCGGGCGUGCCCCCCCCCACGGUGUCGUGGAGCAAGGGGGGGGCUCAGCUGGGCAGCAGAGGAGGGGGCUACCGCGUCCUGCCCAGAGGAGCCCUGGAGAUCCGGCAGGCGCUGCCAGCGCACUCCGGCCGCUACACCUGCACGGCUCAGAGCGCCGCGGGCACGGCCCGCAAGCACCUCUGGCUCACGGUGCAGGAGCCCCCUGCCUUGAAGCCCCUGCCUGGCAUGGUGAUGGUGAUGAUCAACAGCAGCGUGGUGCUGUCCUGUGAGGCCACAGGUGUCCCCCGGCCGGAGGUCACCUGGCAAAAGGAUGGUGUUGGCAUCACUGGAGGGUCUGGGCUGAAGGUGCUCCCCAGUGGGCAGCUCCGUCUCCUCCGAGCAGCCCCAGAGGACGCGGGUACCUACCUGUGCAUGGCCCGCAACCCCUCGGGCACCGCUGCGGGCAGGACCCGGCUCAUUGUGCAAGUGCCCCCCAUCAUUGCCGCCGGCCCAGCGGAGCUGGUGGUCCUGGAGGGGCUGGAGGUGCUGCUGCCCUGUGCCGCCCGCGGUGUCCCCGAGCCUCGCGUGUCCUGGAGCCGGGAGGGAGCGCUGCUGCGGGGCGGGAAGGCCACAGUGCUGCCCUCCGGGGAGCUGCUGCUCCGGGAUGUCCAGGAAGGGGAUGCUGGGAGCUACUCCUGCACCGCGGUGAACUCUGCUGGCAGGGCCGUUCGCCGGCUCUCCCUCUCCAUCCACACCCUGCCCACCUUCACCCACCUGCCCGCAGACAUCACCCUGAGCCGGGGCGAGAGGCUGGAGCUGGUGUGUGCCGCAGUGGGCAGCCCCCAGCCCCGCGUCUCCUGGAUGGCCAACGGGCAGCUCGUCACUGAUGGCGCGUCGGGGCACAGCGGGCGGAGCAUCCUGCGGCGGGAGGCAGCCUCACCCACGGACAGCGGCACCUACAUCUGCAACGCCGAGAACAGCGCCGGGGCCACCAGGGCCACUGUCUUUGUCUCUGUCACAGAGGCGCCCGUCAUACAGGGGGAGGCCAGCGCCUACCAGGUGGAGCGCUCCGGAGGUGAUGUCCUCCUCGACUGCCACGCCCAGGGUCACCCGGAGCCCCUCAUCCGCUGGAGCAAGGACGGGGUGCCGGUGGUGGCCCGUGGGCGCCUGCGCCAGCUGCAGAAUGGCUCCCUGGCCAUCCGUGCUGUGGGGAGCACAGAUGCGGGGCAGUACCGGUGUGUGGCGGAGAAUGACGCGGGCACAGCAGCAAAAGUUGUCACCCUCGUUCUGCAGAGCGCCCCUGUGGUGACAGUGACCCCAGCAGAGGCGAGGGUCCAUGCUGGGCAGCAGGUGCUGCUGCACUGUGUGGUGUCAGGGGAGCCCACCCCUUCCGUGGAGUGGCAGCGGGACGGGGAGGCCCUGCCCGAGGGUCCCCACGCUCGUGUCCUGCCCAAUGCCACCCUGCUCCUGCCCUCUGUCACCCGCCGUGACGCCGGCAGCUACUCCUGCCUCGCCCGCAACGCCCUGGGCUCUGCUGUCGCCCGCUCCUCCCUGGAUGUCCGAGGGGAGCUGCACCAGGUGCAGGGCAGCCUGGUCGGUGUCAUCAAUGGCCACGAGCUCGGUGUCUCCAGCCUCGAUGCCAGCGUGCUGGGCGAUUCUCAGUCCAGCACCGCCGCCCUCCGGAGCAGCAUUGGGAGCAUUCCGCCUGCCGUAGGGCCGCUGAUGCGGGUGCUGGUGACCAUCAUCGCCCCCAUUUACUGGUCCUUGGCUCACGCCAGCGGGGCAGCCCAGAAUGGCUUCCUGCUCACGCAGGGCACCUUCCAGCACGAGUCACUGCUGCGCUUUGCCACAGGGGAGCUCCUGCGGGUCACCCACCUCGCCCGGGGCGCGGGCAGCGCUGGCGCUCUGCGGCUGGACAGCGUCAUCAGCGGCUCCGUGCCGGAGAGCUUUGGCGAUGCCGUGCUGCAGGACUUCAGCGAGCGCUACGUGCGGACGGGCGCGGGGCAGCUCUCCGGGGGCUCGGUGCAGAGCUUCCUGUGGGAUGGGCGCCUCGUCCAUGCCCACUGCAACCACACCAUCGUGUUCGACCCCCCCGUGGGGCCGCAGCCCCCCCGGGUGCAGCAGCUCCGGGCCAGAGCUGUCAGAGCCUCCUAUGACCCAGCCAAGCAAGAGCUCCGCUUCCAGCUCCGUGCCUCGCUUGAUGCAGGGGCUGACAGAGACCAGUGCCCGCUGGGCUUCAUCCCAGACCCUGGGCAGCUGUUCUGCAUGGAUGUUGAUGAAUGCACCGAGGGCUCCCAUGCCUGCCGCUACAACCAGGUCUGCCAGAACGCCGCCGGCUCCUACAGCUGCUCCUGCCCUCCCGGCUACCGCACGCUGGGCACGGGCUGGCCAUGCCUGGAUGUCAACGAGUGCCUGAAUUUCCCCCCACCGUGUGCCUUCGAGUGCCGCAACCUGCGGGGCUCCUACGAGUGCCUGUGCCCCGCUGGCAAGGCCGUGCUGCCGGGCGGACGGUGCGGCGCAGCGGGGAUGGAGGGAGGGGACACAGCGGGCAGCGUGCCCCGGGACGCUCUCCUGCGCCGGCAGGGGCCGAGCAGCCGCCCACGGGGACGAUCCUUCUACACGCAGCUUGCCUUGCGCCGCGUGGCCAAGGACGCAGCGAGGGGUGCCCGGGGCCCCCCCUGCCCCACGGGCUACAUCAGGAGGAAUGGUACCUGCACUGAUCUCGACGAGUGUCAGACACUGAACCAGUGCCAGCACGAGUGCAGGAACAGCCCGGGCAGCUACAGCUGCCUCUGCCCCGCUGGCUACCGGCUGCUGUCCAACGGGAAGACUUGCCACGAUGUGGAUGAGUGCGCGGAAGGCUCAAUCCAGUGCGGUUUGGGCCAGAUGUGCUUCAACACCCGAGGAGGUGCCCGGUGCGUGGACGUGCCGUGCCCAGCUGGGUACCGCAGAGGCUCCAGCCCAGGGCUGUGCGUGGGUCGCUGCCCCCCGUUCUGCGGCCCGGCCGGCCCCCCCACGCUGCAGUACCAGCUGCUCCCCCUGCCCCUCGGCAUCGCUGCCCGCCGGGACGUGGUGCACCUCACCCCGGCCACCGCCCUGCGCCACCGCCCCGUCUUCAGGCUGCUGGAGCAGGAGCCCGCCAGCCCCUUCACCCUGCGCACCGAGCGGGGCCAGGGCAUCAUCUCCACCCUGCGGCCCCUGCGGGAGCCCGGCACCCACCGGCUCAAGGUGCAGGCGCUGGUCCCAGACGGGCAGCGAGCACCCAGCACCUUCCUCCUCCUCAUCUCUGUCUCACCCUACCCUUACUGACACAGCCCAGGGACAGGAGGGGACGCAUUUCUCCUCCUGUCCCUCCCCACCCCAUCGGUGGGGCACGUGGCUCAGGGAAUGCUGAGCUUGUACCUCUCUGUCCCUCCCAGACACCCCUUCCCCUCUCAGCUGCAUUCCUUUCACCCAGGGCCGGGCCCUGACUCAGCAGGAGAGUCAGGAUCCCAGUGGGGGAUAAGAUGUUCCACCAAUCUCCUGCAAUCGGGUCCCAAAUCCCAGAACAAACUCAGCUUUGGAUGUGUUUGGAUGGCCUUGGCCGCUAUCAGUCCCCAAAUGUGGGGGGUGGGAAGAUGAACUGGGUGACAGUGGCCAGCAAGGGUCCCACCAGGGUGCAGGGAGGGAUUC